AUGGAGGCAGAGAUCCAAGCCCAGAUCCCGAAUAUCGAUCCGAUCAUCUCACAGUAUUCCAUUGGCUAUCUUGAUCACGCCUCGAAGCAGUAUGUCGCUGAAGAAAGUCCAGAAUCGCCGCUGGAUGAGGCCCUGGCAACUAUCACAGCACUGUUGAUAUCGGCGUCCGGCGACUUCUCCGUCAAGAAUGAAUCUGACAUACGGAAGCUGGUGGAGAAAUUUGUGGCAAAAUUGGGCAGUGAUGGGACCAACGGCGAACAGCGACAGAUGCCCUUCGCUCCAAAGCGUCUAGACCAGUCUCUACAGGUCAGCUCGCAACGCAACAUCUCCUCAACGUUGGGUCUGUCGGGCACAGGCGUUGAUCUCGAAGCCACCAAUGCCCGAAAAGUCGAAUCCAAAGUUGACAAGAAGAAGCUGGAGAAGGCAGAGCGGAAGAUUCGCGCUAAACAGGAGAAGAAAGUGAUGAAGAACGUCGAGUACGAAGCGUCACGAUUGUUAGAUCAGCCUGACGAAGCACAAUCGUACGAAGAAUUCUUCAUGGCGGUCAAUCCUCUUCAGCUUGGCGGAGACUCCGCUUCCAAGAGCAAAGACAUCAAAGUGGACGGCAUCGAUGUCUCGAUCAGCGGCAAACGCAUUCUCACCGAUACAAAUCUGACCCUAGCAUAUGGUCGUCGCUACGGCUUGGUUGGACAGAACGGUAUUGGUAAAUCUACACUCCUCCGAGCUCUGAGUCGACGAGAAGUUUCCAUCCCAACACAUAUUUCCAUUCUACACGUCGAGCAAGAGAUCACAGGGGACGACACGCCAGCUUUGCAAGCAGUUCUCGAUGCAGACGUCUGGCGAAAACAUCUACUCGCUGAGCAGGAGAAAAUAAGCAAGCAGCUUGCCGGCAUCGAAGCCGAACGAAAUGGCCUAGCCGACACUUCCAAGGAUGCUGUUCGCCUCGACCACGAGCGAGAGGGUCUUGAUACCACACUGAGCGACAUACAUGCCAAAUUAUCAGAGAUGGAGUCAGACAAAGCCGAGUCCAGGGCUGCCAGUAUUCUCGCUGGCUUGGGAUUCAGCACCGAACGCCAGCAAUUUGCAACCAGAACCUUCUCCGGUGGUUGGCGUAUGCGUCUAGCUCUUGCUCGAGCUCUGUUCUGCGAGCCUGACUUGCUCCUGCUCGACGAACCGUCAAACAUGUUGGACGUACCGUCGAUCACCUUUCUUUCCAACUACCUCCAGACGUAUCCGUCCACAGUGCUUGUCGUUUCUCACGAUCGUGCUUUCCUGGACGAAGUGGCCACCGAUAUCAUUCAUCAGCACUCAGAGCGACUCGACUACUACCGCAGCUCAAACUUCACCUCAUUCUAUGCCACAAAGGAAGAGCGACGGAAAACAGCGAAGCGUGAAUAUGAGAAUCAAAUGGUCCAGCGCGCGCAUCUGCAGGCGUUCAUCGACAAGUUUCGCUACAAUGCAGCAAAGUCGUCGGAAGCACAAUCCCGGAUCAAGAAGCUCGAGCGGAUGCCGGUACUCACAGCACCAGAGGCCGAGUACACUGUCUCGUUCAAGUUUCCUGAUGUCGAAAAGCUCUCUCCACCGAUCAUCCAGAUGUCAGGCGUGGCGUUCGGGUACAAUCCCCAAACACCACUGCUUGCCAAUGUCGAUCUAGACGUACAGCUAGACUCCCGCAUCGGCAUCGUAGGACCGAACGGAGCUGGAAAGACCACUGUGCUGAAACUGCUCAUCGGUGCAUUGACGCCUACCUCUGGCCUCAUCUCGCAACAUCCACGCCUGCGCAUCGGUUUCUUCGCACAACAUCACGUCGACGCACUUGAUAUGUCGACUUCAGCUGUCGGCUUCAUGCAGAAGACCUACCCUGGCAAAACGGACGAGGAAUACCGUCGUCACUUGGGUGCAUUUGGCAUUACGGGCAUGACUGGCCUUCAGAAGCUUGAGCUCCUAUCUGGAGGUCAGAAGUCUCGAGUGGCAUUUGCCUGCCUGUCAUUGACCAAUCCACAUAUACUGGUCCUCGACGAGCCAUCGAAUCAUCUUGAUAUCGAGGCCAUGGAUGCUUUGUCCACAGCUUUAAACAACUUCCAGGGAGGUGUUCUGAUGGUUUCCCACGACGUGACAAUGCUCCAGAAUGUCUGCACCAGUCUAUGGGUGUGUGACAAGGGAAAGGUGGAGAAGUUCCCAGGCGACAUCAAGGCUUACAAGAAGAAGAUAUCUGCCCAGGCGGAUGCGGCCGGUGUUGCAGCUGCUCACUAG